UUUUUUUUUUCCUUUUUCUUUUUCUGUCACACAUUCUCAUCAUUCCUGUUUGUCAUCUACAUUCGUCAGCAUUUACACUUCGAACUUCAACAUUCAACGUUCUCCACUGCUUCUCUAGUUAACUUGACAGACUCUUUUCUUUCAAUAUACACGAUUUAUUUACUAAUUGAUUUGAUCAAAGAUCAACAACAACAACAACAACAAUAACAAACAAUAACAACAAUAGUUGGCGCAAAGAAAGAAAAAAGAAAAAAAAAAAUGGCUCCUAACCCACCUUUAACAGAUACAGAGAAGCUCUUAAUUGAUGCUUAUACUACUAUUCUUGAAAAGCCAUUCAAGGAUAAGUAUGAGGAUAAGUGGGAAGAUGAACCCUUUGAUCGCGCCGUUGAUCAAUUCAAGACACGCGCUCAAGAAAUUGGAUUUGCAGAUCCAUUCGAGCUCCUCGCUCGCUUCAAGAUUCAGUCGUAUGACGCGAUCCGAGCAGAGCUCAAAAAGGGACCUGCCCCCUGUUUCCGUCCAGGUUGGAGAAGUCCCAUCUUGGGAAUGAAAAUCGAUCCUAUGGUCAUUGUCUCUAAAUGUGCAUACAUCUCUGGGCCUCAUUACCGAGGUCAAGAAAGAGUCGUUGUUCUUGAUUUUUGGGCCAGUUGGUGCGAUCCGUGUCUAGAGGCAGGACCAGAAGUAUCACAAUUGGCAGAGGAAUUCGCGGGACAAGUAGCUUUCAUCGGAAUCAAUAAUGAGAGUAUCUUUAGCACAACUAAACCGACCGAUAUAGAUCUUCUCAACACGUUUCUCGAUGAGCAUCAAGAAGCAUUUCGAUAUACAAUGCUGGUUGACAAUGCAGAGGGGUUUGCAAAAGAUUCUGUAUACAAGCCAUCUGGAUACAGAGCUAUUCCUUGUGCAGUCAUGUUAGUUGAUGGAGUUGUCGUAUAUGUGGGAUCGCCUUUGGGAACAUUUAAGUCUGAGGUGGAGCAAGCAUUGGAUUCAAUUGGCUCUGGAUCAUUACCAGUUUCUACCAGUCAAUCAUCACAUGCAGUAUGAGCAGUAACAUUAAAACAGAGUUCGAGAGUAGAGGGAUGAACAAAAAAAAA